GCUUUGAGAUCUGUUCGGAUUAUUAUUCCUGUGAACACUUCACAAUCUGCGACAUUUAUUCAAAUAGCAGAGCACACUGCCAACGUGCCAUUCUUUAACUCUUCUUCUUAUCCUUCUUUUCCACUUCUGUGAGGUUUUCAGAUAUUAAACCGCCAAGAUGAGUGGCCUUCGAUUCCUCGAUCUCAUCAAACCCUUCUCGCCGUUCCUCCCUGAGGUUCAGCAACCCGAGACAAAGGUCCCAUUCAACCAAAAGUUGAUGUGGACGGGUUUGACAUUAUUGAUAUUCUUGGUUAUGAGCCAAAUGCCAUUGUAUGGCAUUGUGUCCUCAGAUACCUCCGAUCCUUUAUACUGGUUGAGAAUGAUGUUGGCAAGUAACAGAGGUACCCUGAUGGAAUUGGGUAUUACGCCAAUUAUCUCGUCCGGAAUGGUUUUCCAACUUCUUGCUGGUACCCAUUUGAUUGAUGUUGAUCUUGACUUAAAGGCUGAUCGCGAGUUGUAUCAAACCGCGCAAAAGCUCUUCGCUAUUAUCUUGUCAAUGGGUCAAGCUACCGUUUAUGUCUUCACUGGAUUGUACGGUCAACCAUCUGAUCUUGGUGCUGGUGUCGUCUGCCUUCUCAUCCUUCAAUUGGUUGUUGCUGGUUUGAUUGUCAUUCUCCUCGAUGAGCUUCUCCAAAAGGGAUACGGUCUUGGAAGUGGUAUCUCUCUCUUCAUUGCUACCAACAUCUGCGAGUCUAUCAUCUGGAAAGCAUUCUCUCCCACUACCAUCAACACCGGUCGUGGCCCAGAAUUCGAAGGUGCUGUUAUUGCACUUUUCCACUUGCUUUUGACAUGGCCAAACAAGCAACGUGCUCUCCAAGAGGCUUUCUAUAGACAACAACUCCCUAACAUCAUGAACCUUUUGGCUACUAUCGUCGUUUUCGCAACUGUUAUCUACCUCCAAGGUUUCCGCGUUGAGAUCCCAGUCAAAUCUUCCCGCCAACGUGGUGCUCGUGGUUCUUACCCAGUUCGUCUUUUCUACACCUCCAACAUGCCAAUUAUGCUUCAAUCUGCCCUCUCUUCCAACGUCUUCCUUAUCUCCCAGAUGUUGUACUCUCGCUUUUCUGAGAACUUGCUUGUUCAACUUUUCGGUGUUUGGGAGGCAAAGGAGGGUUCAGCACAACUUUUCGCUACUUCCGGUAUCGCAUACUACAUGUCCCCACCUUUGAACUUCACCGACGCUCUUCUCGACCCAAUCCACACUGCCGUCUACAUUGUUUACAUGCUUGUCGCAUGUGCCAUCUUCUCCAAGACUUGGAUUGAGGUUUCCGGUUCCGGCCCAAGAGACGUUGCUAAGCAACUCAAGGAUCAAGGACUCGUCAUGGCUGGUCACAGAGAACAAAGCAUGUACAAGGAGUUGAAGCGCAUUAUUCCUACUGCUGCCGCAUUCGGUGGUGCUUGUAUCGGUGCCCUCUCAGUUGGUAGUGAUUUGAUGGGAGCUCUUGGCUCUGGUACUGGUAUUUUGUUGGCUGUCACUAUUAUCUACGGAUACUUUGAGAUCGCCGCAAAGGAGGGUGAUAUGGCCGGUAUGAAGGGCAUGAUCAUGGGAUAGGGAAAUCCCUUUUCAUACCUUUCAAAUUUCUUCUUGUAUGCUUAAUUACAUAAAAGAAAAGCAAAUGAUUUAGGAUUGGUGGUUGUUAGGAAAAUUGGGACGGGUUUCGAAGAUCAAAGAUGUGUAGAUGAAAGAGAAAAUAUCAUUUUAUCUACAUACUGACUAUGAUCUUUGUGUAAUGUAACAAUAGGUGCGGAUAGGUUGGGGAUGGGGAUGGGUGUACUUUUUGGGACUGCAUUGCAUGAAUUCUGAUGGUAGCAUGAGAUAUAAAAAGCAGGCACUUAUUGUACAAUUUGUAAAGAAAUGUUUGAUAAAGAGCUGGUUGGCAUUGUGAUUGAUUAUAAUUGUAUGGAUAUUGUAUGUCAAGUGUACUGUGGUAGGAAUUGUACUGUAAUUAUCACAUACCAAUAGCUUUACAGCCCAACACUUCUUCGAAGCAUCAAGAAUCAAAGACAAUAUUUGUGGAUCA